GGGUGGAGACUGAGGUCCUCCUCCAAAAUAUAGUCAGACAACACAAAUCUGCUUAACCACCAGCAGCAACACCGUUGCAGGCCCUGGGAAGCUGAAAAUCACCUUGCUCAUAUAGUUUGAAGUCCCGCACCGCACUUUGGACCAGUCUGCAAAGCAAGAGAGAUGAGUCAGGAGGAGCAGGUGCCUGAGGACAUGCCUGCAUACCUCAAAGAUGAGCCAGGAGCUACAGAGGACAACGAAAAGGACCACCCUCAGACCCAGCCGGGCAUGUUCGGCAGGUUGGCAGGGGGCUUGUACGGCGCCACCAAGGGAGCUUUGGGAGCGACGGUGGGCGGUGUGACCUGGAUAGGAGGAAAGAGUCUGGACCUCACCAAGACUGCGGUCAGCUCUGUAGCCGCAGUUCCUGCGAUGGGAGUGGGUCUGGUUAAAGGAGGAGUGUGUGCUGUAGCUGGAGGAGUGACUGCUGUUGGCUCUGCAGUGGUCAGCAAAGUUCCCAUAGGAGGAGGCAAAAAGAAGGACAAGUCUGACUGAGGGAGAGAAGAGUGAACUCACAGCUGAGGUGUAUGGCUCGCACUUUGUUUGCCUGUUUUAGCAUUCAUGAGCAGGAAAAGAGCAACAGAGGACUCAAAGAUUUAGUGUACACAUUUUGGUGAGGGGGGAGGAGGGGGUCUGUGCUUUGUUUUUGUCUUUUAGCUUCUGUUUUUGUGAUUGAUGGUAAAACCACAUUCAUACGAUUAUGUGGCAAGGACCUACAAAGCAAGAACUAACUAAGACUCUCCUGCUCUGCUGUUAAAGGAAAACACCAAACUAUUGUCACCAGUGCCUGAAAUUGUUCAAAUAAAAUGUCCAUGUUGUAUUUUUGAUAAUAAGCCACAACACUGUCACUGCAAACUGUUGUAUUGGCGACAUCAGUUAAUUUACACAGCAGAGGAGAAAAGAUCAGUGUAAAUGCACUUAAAUUUCACUUGCAGGACAAUCGUUGAUCAGUGAUGAUCUUUAACUGACAAGUUUGUUAGUUAUGUACAUUAAAUCACCUUUCUGUACAGUUAAUCACCUUUUGUUCACGAUGAACAAAUGUGAUGUCUGAUCAAAGAUGUGAUUUUAAAAGGUACAGUCCAGUUUAAUAUCUAAGCCAUCUGAUGGCUGUGGACUGGAUAUUUCACUGGUGAAUUUUUGUGACAUUUUCAGUUUUCCUCUAAAUUCACAUUGCCCUCUGGUGGUGGUUUUCUCAGCUCAGUGGAAGGCAAGUUGUACUUUCAAAAUCACAUUAUUCCAAUAAAUGUUGUGUCACAAUAUAAAAGGUAGAAUAUUUUGAUUGCAAUAAACUUUAUUUCCAGUUAUAGUGUUACCAGAUUCACUAUGACCAUGCCAGUUGAGCCUAAGUUCAUUGAAUGACAUUUUAUACAUUACACUUAUUUUGACCAACUAUAUAUAGAUAUUGUGACAUGUUGGUUAUGUCGCUGUCAAAUCAAAGUAUAUUAACAUCUUGUAAAAAUAAAACUGACACAAAAGCUUCAUAAUGUAAUAAAUCUGUCUGACUGAACCAAAGCAUUAGACAGUUAAGUUCUAAACAUUUCCUUAACACUCCUAUGUCGCUUAGGGUCACUGUUUACUAUUGUAGGAAUCUGAUGGCUGGAUUUCUUGACAUUAAAUUUCAAGCGUCAAGUACAUUUUUUUAAGCUGCCAAUCCUGUAAGAGUACAUUCAAUAAAAAGUCCUUUUUGUAAAUCAACCUUUAAUUGUAAAAUGCCUUUGUAUGAUGCAUGAAGUUUUCAUAACAAUGAGAAUUUAUUGAAACAGCAAUUAUAUUCAGAAAUUGUUGAAAUAAAACAUGCUGAAGGUUGUGUUUA